UGUUUGUAUAUUCUCUUUGAAUCUAUGGUUAAUUUGUAUAAAUUCCCUUUAAUAUAUAUUUUUUAAGAUAUGUUAAUUCUUUGUUAUCGCUCUCAACAGGACUGGGAUGGAUUGAGAUUUUUUAGAAACAGAAAUAUCUUUUAGUUGAAAAGUCGAAACCAAUUCUAAACUAGAAAUUUCAACUUAUAUCUGUAUAUUAAUUUAGUAAGGUAGAUUUUCUAACAGAAUUUUUUAAUAGAUAGAUAGAAUUAUAAAUUGUGACAGGUCAACCUUGUUUGUCACUCGAAAUUGCCAAAAAAAUGGGACCAAUAACAUCAACAUUUUGCACACUUACAAAAUUACAAUCCAUUAACACAUCCCUAUUUUAUUGUUGAAAAGCAAGCAACAAACCAAUCAUUUUUCGUUUUUUUCCAGUUGAAAAGUAGAAACCAAAUUUCCAAAUCAGAAAGUUCAACAGUCAAAUUUUUUUAUUUUAUUGUUUGAUAACUUCAGCAGUCAAAUUUUGAAUGGCAAUUUCGAGGAAACUAUCGUACAUUUAAAAAAAAAAAAAACAAUCGUACAUGCUCCAUGAUAAUAUGUUAUUUAAUGUUAUAUCUGGAACAAAACAAAACACAAAACAAAAGCAAAUAAUAAAAAUGAAAUAUUCUCCUGCGUGCAAGCUCCUGUUCUUGAUUCUAACUAUAACUUGUAAGAUCGAAACACAAGUGAAGUGCAUGAAGUUCAAUUUCUCUAAGUUUAACGGUGAUUCGAACUUGUAUCUAAACUACUCCGACAUUGCUUUUGAAGCACUCCAAGUGACUCCUGAAGCUCGUGGUGCUCCUAUCACGAACCUCUCGGGACGCACGGUCUACAAGGACCGUUUCAGGCUAUGGAGAAAAGGCAAGAAAUCUACUUUUAACACCACUUUCGUUAUUAACAUCAAGAACCAAACCGAAUUUGGAGGCGAAGGCUUAGCCUUUGUUCUCACACCUGAGAAGAACGUCCCUCAAAACAGCUCGGGUAUGUGGCUCGGCUUGAUGAACGAAAGGACAAAUGGGACUCGCGAGUCGAGGAUUGUUGCGGUUGAGUUCGACACAAGGAAGAACCAUCCUGAUGAUCUUGAUGGAAACCAUGUGGCUCUAAAUGUGAACAACAUAAAUUCGGUUGUUCAAGAAUCGUUGAGCAGUCGAGGGAUCACGAUCAAUUCCAGUAUUGAUUUUACCGCACAUGUACGGUAUGAUGGUAAGAAUCUUUCGGUAUAUGUCUCAAGAAACCCGGAGGUACAUGAUCAGCGAAACUUGGUGUUUUCUUGGCCUAUAGAUCUAUCAGCCUAUCUUCCAGAGAAUGUUUACAUUGGAUUUACGGCUUCAACAAGCGAUUUUACGCAACUGAAUUGUGUGAAAUCAUGGAGUUUUGAAGGUUUAGAGGUCGAUGGAGAUAGAAAUAUAUGGUUGUGGUCCUUGUGGAUCAUUACCCCUACUGUGUGUGCUGUUGUAAUAGGAGCUUUCUUAUGUGGACUAUACUUAAGAUCUAGGUCAAAGGCUGGGGAAACAAAUCCGGAUAUAGAAGCUGAGCUAGAUAAUUGCGGUGCACACCCGCAGAAGUUCAAGCUAAGAGAGCUGAAGAGAGCAACGGGAAACUUCAGCGGGGAGAACAAACUCGGGCAAGGCGGGUUUGGGAUGGUGUUUAAGGGGAAGUGGGAGGGUAGAGAUAUAGCUGUGAAACGAGUUUCCGAGAAAUCGCGUCAAGGGAAGCAAGAGUUCAUAUCCGAGAUCAAAACGAUCGGUAAUCUGAAUCAUAGGAACUUGGUGAAGUUAUUGGGAUGGUGCUACGAGAGAAAGGAGUUUCUUCUGGUUUACGAGUACAUGCCGAACGGAAGCUUGGACAGAUAUGUUUUCGUGGAAGACAAGUCAAGUUCAAACCUAAAAUGGGAGACAAGGAAACACAUUAUAAGAGGGAUAUCUCAAGCUUUGGAGUAUCUUCACAAUGGAUGUGAGAAGAGGAUACUUCAUAGAGACAUAAAAGCAAGCAACGUAAUGCUGGACUCGGAUUUCAACGCAAAGCUUGGCGAUUUCGGGCUUGCGAGGAUGAUUCAGCAAAGCGAAAUGACACACCAUUCGACAAACGAGAUUGCUGGAACACCGGGAUACAUGGCUCCCGAGACUUUUCUCAACGGGAGAGCUACGGUUGAAACGGAUGUGUAUGCAUUCGGAGUUCUAAUGCUCGAAGUAGUCUCCGGGAAGAAACCGAGUUAUGUCUUGGUUAAGGAGAACGAGAGCAAUUACAAGAAUAGCAUUGUGAAUUGGCUAUGGGAGCUAUACAGAAAUGGAACCAUAAUGGAUGCUGCGGAUCCAAGAAUGGGAAGUUUGUUUGAUGAAGAAGAGAUGAAAAGCGUUUUGCUCUUAGGACUCGCUUGUUGCCACCCAAAUCCGAACCUAAGACCUUCCAUGAAAACUGUUUUGAAGGUCUUGACGGGUGAAACUAGCCCACCCAAUGUGCCUACAGAGAGACCGGCUUUCGUAUGGCCAGUAAUGCCUCCAUCUUUUGGUGUUGUUGACUACUCUCUUACAGGGAGCCAGGACAUUACCGAGCUUACUGGCCGAUAAUAUCAAUAUGUGUGUUCUCCAAGAAAUACUUUGAGAUUUGGGGUUGCUUCGAUAUAUGCUACUUAUAUUUUCUCUAUGUACAUAGAAAUAGAAGGAUAUGAAUGUUAGGUUAUAUCUAUUGGCCCUUGUUUGUAUAAUAUUUCUUAAGUUUUAGCCCAUACGUAUACUUUAAUAUUUGUGUAAAUGUUUAAGAAA